AGCCAUGUUCCAGCACACGGCAGCAGGUGGAGGAGGCGCUGGAGGAGGAAUGGGUGCUUCUACCCAGACAAACACAAACAUUAUCCAGCCAGCCGUUUUCCAGCACACAGCAGGAGGUGGAGGAGGAUCGGGCGCUCCCGCAGCCGUUACGCAGCCUCCUGUGAUUGCAAACAGCACAUCGGGUGGCAGCGGUGAUGGAGGAGGACUCUCUGGUGCCUCCGGUUUUGGACCAGCGGGCAACAACGGUGCGGUCCUCUCGCAGAACGCAUUCUCUGCGUUAAGCAGUGCACAGCCUGCUGAUGGCCAGAGAGAUGGACAGCAGAGCCUUCUUGACCGUAUAGCAAAAGACAUGGCAACGUGGGAAUCUUCUGGACAGUGGAUGUUUUCGUGUUACUCUCCUGAGAAAGGCAAGCCUAAUGUUCCAGGCUUUGGAGAGUUCUCGGCUGAGGAGGUGCGUCUGGAGUAUUAUAACUGCAGUGCAAACAACAACACUGGCUACUACAUCAACUCUGUCAAUCAGUUAGUGCAGCAGUGGAGAAAGAGGCUGCAGGAGCUGAAGGCUUUAAAUGGCUCGGGAAAAGCAGCGAUGCAGAAUGGCGGUGGAGGAGGAGGAGGAAUGGGUGCUGCUACCCAGAGAAACACAAACCUUAUCAGGCCAGCCAUGUUCCAACACACGGCAGGAGGAGGAGCAGGAGCAGGAGGAGGAGGAACAGGAGGAGGAAUGGGUGCUUCUAGCCAGACAAACACCAACCUUAUCCAGCCAGCCAUGUUCCAGCACACGGCAGCAGGUGGAGGAGGAGCUGGAGGAGGAAUGGGUACCACUACCCAGAGAAACAAAAACCUUAUCAGGCCAGCCAUGUUCCAGCACACGGCAGGAGGUGGA